GCCGUUGGAGGAGCGAGUUGUGCUCUUGCUGAACAGCGGGGAUUCGUUGCUGUUUCCAGCUUGGUGCUCCUCUGCAUGGCUCCUGCAGAAGCCCAGAUUUGUGACCUUGCUGCAGAGAUUGCUGCUCCUGCACUUGUCAUUCUUCCUGAUUCCUUUUUUUUUGGCUUGCAGAGAGGCCUGCUAACUUCCUCGUCACGCAAUCAAAAUUGCUGUCUAAGUUUGAGCUAAAUCGUGUGAUAUGUGCAUUUGAUGUACGCUGUUGAAGUCCAAACUCAAGAGUGCACACUUUGCCCCUUCCCCGCGCGUAAGAGCCGCCUGCUCCGCCUCCAUGGAUCAAGUCAUCACUGCCUCUCGGAGGUCCCUCACUCCUUGCGACCAUGCAAUCAUGGACACUGUCUCGCUGGCCGCGGCUGCCACCCAUUCGCCAUCCUCGUGUUCACCGUCGGCUCGGAGCCAUUCCCGGGGAGCACCGAAUGACCGCCGGGUGUUGAAGCGGGCUCGCUCAGACAGCGAGCGGGGUGAGGAUGACAGCGGCAGCAGGGUCGGGGAAUUCGCCGCCACCGACGUGCUUCCGCCUAACCAUCGCGCUAUAAGCCGUAGCGAGCCUGUCAGAAGCUUAGAUUCGGAGCGCAGCAGCGUAAGAGCGCGCGCUAGUAGUAGUACGGUCGACGACGAGCGGCUAAGGUGUGCGAGCGAGCCCGCGACUCCGAGUCUGGACGGCGCGCGACAGCACCACCAUCGGGAAGCGGCGACGCAGCAGUCGAGUCACGCGGAGGCGGAGCGCGCGAUGGGAGGCGCGGAGGCUGCUGCCAUCGUGAAGGGCUAUGCCACCACGCCGCGGGGGCAGGUUCACUAUCGGAGGUGCGGGGCGGGCCAUCCCAUCGUGCUGCUGCACGACGCCGGCCGCUCGUCCGCCAUGUGGUCGCCCGUGAUGCCGCUGCUAGCGGCGCGCGGGUGCUGCGCGGUGGCGGUGGAUCUACCGGGGUGCGGCGAGACGGCGGUGGCGUGCCGCGACUACAGCAUGCUGGAGAUGGGCGCCAUCGCCGUCGCCGCCGUCAUCAACGUCGGCUUCGCGCACCGCUUCGACCUCGUGGGCCAUGGCUUCGGGGCGACUCUGGCGCUGCAGAUGGCGACGGUGUUCCCCGCGCGGGUGAGGCGGGUGGGGCUGUGGGGCGUGAUGCCGCAGGACGAGCGGGCCAAGCAGAUGGCAGCCGCCGUGCAGGCCGUGGGCGCGGCAGGUGGGAAUGGGGUGGUGGGUGCUGGGGAAGCAGCAGCAGCUGGCGAUGGAGGCGGUGGUGGCAACGGUGGCGGUGGCGGGGCUGCCGCGGCCCCGCAGAGCGUGGUGGCGGUGGCGGUGCAGCAGAUGCUCAUGCGCAGCACAGCGCACCAUGCACCGCUCCAUCAAAUCGUGGAAGCGGUGAUGGAGGGCCUGCAGUCCCUGCCCACGCGCCACCUGCUGGCCAAGGCACAUGCAGCAGUGGACCACGGUGAUUUGCUAGACAAGGUGCAACAGCCCGUGCUGUGCCUGGCGGGCUGCGAAGACCCGUUCCAGUUUGAGACCAUGAUGGCGGCGUCGCGCAUUGGCAAGGGCAAGUACUACCACAUCAACUCAGCGGGCGGCGAGGUGCUGCACACUCACUCGGAGCAGUAUGUGCAGACGGUGAUGGAGUUUUUGGGGUCGCAAAGCUGAUCCUUGGAUUGUGUAGGAUUAGCUAGGAUGUUGCUUUUAGUUUUGAUUGUUGUGCAAAGAAUGAGGGUUCACAAGAGCUCAUAGUUCUCUAGUAGUGACGCAUAAACCACAAAUGCGUACUCUAUCGAGUUCUGUGUCCCGAACUCUUCACGCACCGACUCGCCUUGCCGUGAUGUGGCGCACACGUGUGCAUUGCACGAGAAAGGAUCUCUCCAGCGUGGAACCAUGAGGUGUUGGCACGUGGCACCAACAUCAACACCAGCUCCACCUGGUCCCUGAAUCAGCCCCCGUU